AUGAAAAAAAUUAUAUCCGUAUUUAUUCUGUUUAAUAUUAUUUUUGAGAUAUCAGCCUCAAAGACCUAUUUAAUACUAGGAGAAUCUGGAAAUGGUAAAUCUACUUUUUGUAAUUCAGUUUUUUGCACAACUGAAGUCGCAAUAGAGGGUCAUACCCUUAGUGCAGAAACAUCAUUUCCACAUCUAUACACUGGUACAGGAAAAGUUCACCCAUUCUUCAAUGGACUUAAUCUAAUCGAUACCCCUGGAUCCUGUGAUACCAGAGGUAAAUCCAACCAGGAAAUAGUUGAAGAACUUGAAUAUUUCUUGAUAAACACGUUUGGAAAUAACACCGAUUCCAAAAUUGAUGGUAUCAUCUUCAUUCAAGACUCUUAUAGCAUGAGAGCUCGAAUUGAUCUUCAUAUGGAGAGUUAUAUUUCGUUCUUUUCUCCAUCGGUAGUCGAUAGCACUCUAUUCAUUGUAAAUCAAAGAAAUAUCUCUGAAGAUAGACUUGUUAAUUUGCAUAUGGAAGAAUGCACCAGAGUCCUGAAUAAAUAUUCAUUCAUGUCAGAAAAACAUUAUGAUGGAUAUAAAAAUCACUUAAUCAAAGUAAAUGUAAAGGAGCCAUCAACCGAUCAAAUCAAUAGAUUGGUUCCAUCACUUCAAAAUUUGAAGCCAUAUUACUUGAAGGAUUUGGAGUUCAAGAAACAAGAGAUCAAUAAGAUAUAUACUGAAUUGAUAAAUAAUCCAGAGAAUAUGAAAGAGUACCAAGAAUCAAAAAUAGAGUAUAAAGAAGAAAACGGUUUCGAAGAACAUGUCGUUCCAACUGAAGAAAUAGUAUAUACAAAAUCGUAUACCAAUGGCUUUGGUCUUAGUUUUAUGGGUUUUUCUGUCAGUUUCCCAAAAUCUAUACAAGUACCACAACUUGUCAAAGGUUCUAAGGUAUUGAGAACUACAAAAAAGAAUUCAGUUCCAACAGUAGUGCCAAUAACCAAAACAAUGUUGAAGAAUGAAGAGGAAUUUUAUUGGAAGAAAGCUAUUAUGAUAUACCAAUCCAAGACCAAACAAAAGUAUAAUAAUUGA